CCCAGAGGUUGUCGAGAAGUUCCAGGCAGUCAUUCGGGAGCACCCGGAAAAGUUUCCCUCCUCCCAACUCUACCUGACAGUUCUUUUAUGUUUUACACUGCUGCGCCUGAACUGCGCCACAUUUCCUCUUGGGCAGCUCUGAUUUCAAAGGAAGAUGCCAAUUUCGUUUCAUGGAAGCUUGGUCGUUCUUCGCCGAACGAUGAAAACAAAUCCUAAUAUACAUGAUUUAUUUUCUUACUUGUUUACUGUUAGUGGGUAAGAAGAACCGGAGUAUAUUAACCGGCGGCCGUGGCACAGGAACCAAGAGUCGUUUCAGAGCGCUGUUGUCCUCUGGGCACAGAGGGGGAGGGAUUUGCCCGAGGCGAAAACGCAGAGAAGUUAGCUGCUGAUAGGCCACAGAUCCUUUUUGAUCUGUUCCCGAGUCCUUGCCACCGUUCCUUUUCUGUUCCUGCGGUCCCUGAUCAACGGCUAGGAUCCUCUCCCGUGAAAUUCCCUGCCCUUUAUUACGAGCCUUUCACUUUUCAAGAGAGAGAGACACUCCCUCUCUUGCACAUUGUUCCUGCCGGAUUAGAAAGGAGGAAACAGAAAUCGUGGGGUUUUCUUUCCCGGAUAACAUCGGUUUUUCCCGAGACAUUGGUGUCCCUGGGUGUUGGACGUGGCUGUUGUUGCCAGCGUUGGGGACAAUUGACACGCGCAGAGAUAGAUAUCCAUUUCCAGCCCCUUUCUCUUCUCCCCUCCUGCUUAUUGGCACGCAUUUUCUUGUUCCUCUCUUCACACUGUUCACAAUUUACAAUUUAAAAAAAGGAAGAGCAAGGAAGGGUAACAGGCACACCCCGGCCGGCUUAGAUCAAGAGAGAAAAAAAAAAAGGAGAGCUUUGAAAAAAAUUUAAAGAGAAAAGACAAUUAGGAAAAAAGGGGAAAAGGGGAAAACGAAAAAGAGUGUCAGUCACUAUUCCCCUUCUUACAUACACUACUAUGAUGAGCUAACCCCCUCUCUCUUCCCUCCCUCCUCCCCAAAGCCCUCCCCUUUUUCCACCCUUUCUUUCCCUCUCUCCCCUUCUAUCUUUAUAGUUCGGUAAUGGAAUUUGGGGAGCUGGAUGGCGCAUUCGAGAGGGAGGGAGCCCAGGAGAAGACCCUCUAGGAGAAGCUCGAGCAGGUUGAAAGCUGGAAGAAGAGGAGGAGAAGAGGAGGAUUCUUCUGGAUCAUCGUCAACAACAACACCAUCUUCAGACCCAUCAUCAUCAACAUCAUCAUCAUCAGCAGCAGCAGCAGCAGCAACAGAGGAAGACGACCCACCAGCCCGGCCUCCUGGCCGUCGCCGAGCCGUCGGAGCCCCCGUUCCUUCCAUCUUCGUCUACUGAACAUGCACGGUUUGGCAGCGAGGGGAUGGGCGAGCCGACUUCCACACCUCGACUGGGGUCCUUCAGAGGGAGCCGCGGCGGCAACAGCAAGGUAGGGGAGAUAGUGGAGGUGGAGGGCGGCCACAUUGUGAGGUCGACAGGGAGGAAGGACCGCCAUAGCAAGGUGUGCACGGCCAAGGGGCCGAGGGACCGCCGGGUCCGGCUGUCUGCCCACACGGCUAUUCAGUUCUACGACGUCCAGGACCGUCUAGGCUACGACCGCCCCAGCAAGGCCGUCGAUUGGCUCAUCAAGAAAGCUAAACCCGCCAUCGAUGAGCUCGCGCAGCUGCCCGCCUGGCAACCCACUGCCCUUAGCCCCACCGAACCCCGCCACCAUCAUCACCACCGCCGAGCCCAUGUCGAAACCGACCCAGCCGACCCGGAUUCCUCUUCUCUCAGGAAGCAACCAUCCCUUCCACAACCGCCGCCACAACCGCCGCCGCCAUCCGAAACACCACCUUCUUCUGCCUUUGAGCCUUUGAAUCCCGCCAACUUCCUCCCGCCCUCGCUUGAUUCAGACGCCAUUGCCGACACCAUCAAGUCCUUCUUCCCGCCCUCCUCGUUUACCUCCACCACCUCGUCCUCCGCCCUCAUCAAUUUCCAGAACUACCACCAGCAGCACCAACCACCAACUCCGCCUUCUCAGCCCACCGCUCCUCCGUCCAUCACCCGAGAGCUCCGUCUCUCGCUCCAAUCAUUCCAGGACCAGCAGCACAGCAGUCAGAACCAGCACCACCCUGCCCUUCACAACCAGAGGUUCUCUGGCGACGCUGCUGCCGGAGAGCCGCAGGGCCUGUACUUCGCUGGGGAUUGGGAGCAGCAGCAGGCGGAGCUGGGUAGGUUUCAGAGAUUGGUCUCGUGGAAUGCCGCAUCUGCAGACGGCAACACCGCAGGCUUCCUCGGUUCUCUGCCGCAGUUCCUGCCGUCGAUGCCCAUGCCGGCCAGCCAGAACACCAGCUUGUUCGUUCAGAGGGGACCCCUUCAGUCCAGUAGCUCGUCUUCGGUUCGUGCCCGGAUUGUGCCGGAGACCCAAGUGGCCAUGCCUGCCGGAUAUGCGGCUGGCGGGUUCGUGGGUUUCCGGAUUCCGGCACGAAUCCAAGGCGAGGAGGAGCAAGAGGACGAUGGCAACAAGCCGUCUUCUGCUGCCUCUACUUCUCAUCAUUGACAUCCUACUACUCUAGCAUCCACUCCUAGUACUAAAUCGGCACAAAGACUUGGAGAUGGAGAAGCAGAGACCCCAAUUUGGAAGGGAAAGAACAUUAAUCGGAAAACGGUACCUACUCUAGUUGCAGAUUUCAAUGAAUGCAUAUACCGUUUGAAGAAGCCUAUGUUUCUUCUUCAUUGCGGGUCGUUGUGGACUUGAUAGUUUCUGUUAUUGCUUUCCUUCUUUUCUUCUUAUUGGGUACAUGGAUGGAACAUUACAGUAUCAUCUCCUAGGACCAUUUUUUUUUCUUUUUGCUUAUUUUGGGUAGCAGUCUAGAUAUGGUGAUGUUAUGGGAUUUUUCUCUUUUUGUCGUGAACUUUCUUAUUCAGUGUUUCUUGAUUGGCAAUGGGUAGCUUGAGAUAACAUGGUAAAUGAGGGUUUGAAUGAAUGAAACAGAGGGGGUAUCAGAGCGUUUGGAAUGGAGCCA